CCUAAAGUGCUUGAUCUACUGACACCAACCAGGAUGAAUGGCUCAGAAGGUAAAAUUGGACCGAAACACUCAGAGGUCAUCGGGGAUUUCCCAGGUCAUGCCCUCCCUGGAGUCUUCUUCUUUGUCAUGGGUCUUUGGUGGAGUACAAAGAGUAUUUUGAAGUAUGUCUGCAAAAAGCAUAAGCAGACCUGCUACCUUGGAUCCAAAGCAUUAUUCCAGCGAUUAGAAUUUUUGGAGGGAAUUGCAAUAGUUACCAUGACAGUGAUUGGUAUAAUUGGUCUACAGUUUUUUGCUGGAGGGCCCCACCUGAUCAUACACAACGAAAGCCCAUGGAGACGAGUGCUGCGUUUGCAACACUUGACCCURUAUUUCUUCUUUGGACUGCUGGGUGUGGCCAGCAUCUUAUGUUCCACCGUCAGUUCAAUUCCAGUCUCCUUAAUCAAGUUAAUGAUGUCAAAUGCCUUCUUUGUGGAGUCUUUYAUCUUCUACAACCACACUCAUGGCCGGGAAAUGCUGGACAUCUUUGUGCACCAGCUGCUGGUCCUCGUCAGCUUUUUGACAGGCCUGAUGGCCUUUAUCGAGUUCCUUGCACAGAAAAAUAUACUUCUGGAGCUCCUGCGGUCAAGCUUCGUCCUGCUACAGGGGAGCUGGUUCUGGCAGAUUGGUUUUGUCCUGUUUCCCCCUGGUGGACGUACUGCAUGGGAUCUGCUAGAUCAUGACAACAUCAUGCUUCUUUCUGUAGGCUUUUGUUGGCUUUACGCAUUGGCCUUCAUUGUCAUUGGAGCGAAUUAUGCUUUUAUCACCUGGUUGGUGAAAUCUAGACUUAAAAAACAGUGCCCUUCAGAAGUUGGACUCCUAAAAACUGUUGAACAAGAACAAGAAUCAGAAGAGGAGAUGUGAUUUUUGAUGGGCAUCUAGUCUAUCUACAUAAACCUAUUCACCUUUGCAUUGUCUUUGCUCAUGGUUUUGUUUCUUGACCUUUUAUUGGAGAUCAAGAGGCAGAGGAUGAUUGUGGUUUGUAUUUUUAAUUUAGUUAAAGUUUGGGAGUUUUAAUACUUUAACUUUGAAAAUACUUUGGGUGGUAAGUUCAUUUGUACAUCAUGCACAUGAUGGUAUUCAGGGACUAGAGUGACUUUUCUCACAUCAUGUAUCAUUUGAUGUCCAUAAUAUGAAACAUACUGGCUUUAUUUGCUUGUGGAUAUGUUCAAGGUUCCUUUC